GUUACGAAUUAUAUAGAGUUUCGGAAACAAUGAAAGUAUUUGUGGUCUUAGCAUUAGCUUUGGUUUGCUCUUCGGUAGCCUCCAUUCCAGAAACUGCUGUUUUUCUAAAACACUUAAAAGCCGAUAAGGCUAUCGAUGGUCGUAUUGCUAAUGGACAUGAAGCUAAGCCCGGUCAAUUCCCUUACCAAGUAGGCCUAUUACUUAAUUGGGACUAUGGCACAUUUUGGUGCGGUGGUUCAUUGAUUGGCCAGGAAUGGGUAUUGACUGCAGCUCAUUGCACAGAUGGCGUCAGAUCUGUUACCGUAUUCUUGGGAAGCACUAAACGUACUGUUGCCAAAGUUGCUCACACCGUCGAUUACAACUCCAUUUAUCAGCAUAAAGACUUCAAUCCUGAUACUUUCAAUAAUGAUAUCAGUUUAAUUAGAAUACCGCCAGUUACUUAUACCAAUGAAAUUCAAGCUGUUAAGCUACCAACUAUAUCUGAAUCAUAUUCAACUUAUGCUGGUAGUAUUGCCACCGCUUCUGGUUGGGGAAGUACCGAUAACGAUGGAUGGGUUGUAUGGAUGUUAAAUUAUGCCGAUCUGCCAGUCAUUAGUAAUGCUGAGUGUGCAGAAACCUAUGGCUCAAUGAUAACUGACACACUACUUUGUGUUUCAACUCCUAGCGGCACUUCUACUUGCCAGGGUGAUUUUGGUGGUCCAUUGGUUUCGAAUUCUGAACUUAUUGGUAUAACAUCUUUUGUUUCGGCUGCUGGUUGCCAAUCUGGAUAUCCAUCCGGAUUUGUUCGUGUAACCACUUAUUUAGAAUGGAUUAAGUCCCACACUGGGAUAUCUUAUUAAUGCAGCUUAAGUAAUUUAUUUGUACCAUUAUGAACAUAGAAUAAAUAACAUACUUUGUUAAUAUCAAAUGAA